GAGAAUAUGAGAGAGAGAGAGAUUUUAAUCAAAUGUGAAGCCCAAGACUUGGCUUUUCAGCAGCCCCUUUCAAAGAACGUGGGUUCAAAGCCAAGCAGAACUCGGAAGUGCAGCGCCCUCUCCUUCUCUUAAAAGGCCAGAGAACCCAAUAGACUUCUUCAGAUUCUCCAGACCAUGCCUGCAACUGCACCUCUUCUCCGCCUCUUCCUCUUCCUUUGUGGGAUCAUCUACUUUUUGGCCAUUCAUGCUACGGCUUACCAAUUCAGAGAAGCCCCGCAGUUCUACAACUCCCCUGACUGUCCGUCCAUCAACUACGACGACGCUGAAGGUUACAGUCAUGAAACCAGCAUAUGUUCCGAUGAUGCAGUCCAUGUGGCAAUGACCCUCGACGCCGCCUACAUCCGUGGCUCCAUGGCUGCCAUUCUCUCCGUUCUCCAACACGCCACCUGCCCUGAAAACGUAAACUUCCACUUCGUCGCCUCCGCCUCCGCUGAUGCCCACCACCUCCGUCGCACCAUUGCCAACUCCUUCCCUUAUCUGCGCUUCCGAGUCUACCGCUUCGAUGACUCGGCUGUCUCAGGCCUCAUCUCCACUUCAAUUCGCGCUGCUCUCGACUGCCCGCUCAACUACGCUCGCAACUACCUCGCCGAUCUCCUCCCUACGUGUGUUCGUCGAGUGGUGUACCUGGACUCAGACUUGGUCCUAGUCGACGACAUUGCGAAACUGGUAGCUACCCCACUCGGUGACCACUCGGUCUUAGCGGCGCCGGAGUACUGUAAUGCUAACUUUACCUCUUAUUUUACGCCCACGUUUUGGUCGAACCCAUCUCUGUCUCUAACGUUCGCGGGUCGCAAUGCCUGUUACUUCAACACCGGCGUCAUGGUCAUCGACCUCCAACGGUGGAGAACCGGAGACUACACCACCAAGAUCGUGGAAUGGAUGGAGCUCCAAAAACGAAUGCGGAUCUACGAAUUGGGUUCCUUACCCCCAUUUUUACUGGUUUUCGCAGGGAAUAUAGCUCCGGUGGAUCACAAAUGGAACCAACAUGGUCUCGGCGGAGACAAUUUCCGGGGCCUAUGCCGGGAUCUACACCCGGGCCCUGUGAGCCUUCUACAUUGGAGCGGGAAGGGGAAGCCAUGGGCUCGAUUAGACGCAAACAGGCCGUGCCCAUUGGAUGCGUUGUGGGCUCCUUACGAUCUCUUGAAAACACCAUUCGCACUCGACAAUUAAAUCCGAGAAGUGUUAUAGUUAUCACCAGAUAUAUAUUUUUCUUUAUUAGAUUUCAUUAUUUUAGAUGUUAUCGGAACACAAUCCAGGUAGCGGAGAUCUAAUGUUACAGAUGCUUCUCUCUGCCUGUGUGUCUUCUGUUUCCCUUCCACCAGAGAUGCUGUUUGUAGAUAUACGGCCAUUGACGAACCUCUUACCAUGCUUCUACUUUUGUCUCUGUACCGACACCAGUAAAUACUAAAUACUAAAGAAAAAAGAGUUAAAAAGUUUGUUCAUA